AUGAAAAUAGAGGACGAAAAAAGUGAUAAAAUAAUGGAUGAGAAGCUUGAACUAAGUGCUAAUUGUGGACGUAUUCGAUCCAAAGAGGACGAAGAAGCAUUGGACAAGAAAAUUGCUGAAAUUCGAAAAAAGAAUCAAUUGAUCGAACAAAGGAAAGAAGUUGUGGAAGAAGAUCGAGCAAAUUUUGUCAACGAAUAUGGCAAAAUGAGCCUUUAUGAUAGAGCAAAAGGGACAAUGUACAGAAAUAAAGAAACGUUAAAAUCUCGAAAACCUGGAGAAUGGGAUCGAGAAUGGGAUGCUGGAAAAAUAAGUGUUGAAAAUUGGAAAGAGAAUGUACCUGAUAUUGACAAUAGUAAAGGAACAAAUGCGCAUUUUUUACGUCGAUCAAAGAAUCGUAGUAAUGGUUGCAAAAGUAACAAUAGCGCCACAUCAAAAAAAGUAGUUGAAAUUAAGGAGAAGAAGGAGAAGCAAGAAGGCGCUAAAGUUUGCACUGAAACAAACAAAAAAGUAUGCUUUUUGUUUUUUGCUCAUAAAAAUUAA